AUGCCUACUAAUAUCCCUACGCGAAGCCUGUCCCCAAUCAAGACCAAUUCUUCCCUUUUGCCUGACGCUUCUUCAGCAGCGACGACCGGCAAGGCGCCGCGCAAGAUUCAGCUAGAUGCAAAAGAACCGACAAGGCUGGAACCGCCCCCGGCAUGUCUCCGCGCCACCAACGAGGCAUCUGAUGGACUGCGCAGCGACCCGUCAAAGCCUCGUGGUUCUCGCAUUGCCACGAAGACUAGUACAGUAAGUGCUGCUGCACGUGCUAGUCGUCUAGUACCCGGCCACUCGAGGAGUCAGUCAUCAAGUAGUGCAACCAUCAUACGCCCUACCUCAAGCGCGCCUAAAGUGGCAACCGCUACGGCAUCUUCGCGCUCGCAACAUAGCAUUUCAACGAAAUCUUCUGGCGACACACGAUUGCCGGUCUCAAAGUCGCACAAUAGAGCCUUGAGCGCGUCAGCGCCGCCGAGACCUAACCCCGAUACUGGAACUUCACGAGAAGUCGUCUCCAAGGUCGGACCCCACGUGUUUGCUGGAGGAAAUGUGUCGUCUUCCUCUGCUAGACCGACAGCGAGACUGGGUAAAAAACCAGACUUUAACGCCCACCAGCAACAUUACAGUCCCAAAAAGCCAACAACGAUAUCAACCUCUGUCGUCCCGGUCUUGCCCUCGGAUCCCCAACACGUCGCCGGUCGUUCCGGCUCUAUAGCCCGCGCCAUACCUGGCACAGAAGUUGCGCGUCAGGAAGAUGAACUUCUCCAACUGUCUCUCGUAUACGACAAGUCUGCGGCCACUUUCCAGCAUUACGAGGCAUCUAUCAAAUCGCAGCUACAGACAGGAUCCGAGAGGGUGAAGCAUCAGCUAAGCACCCUCAGGUCCCUGUGUCAUGAUCGACAGGCGAAAAUCAACGCCUUCGCCGUCAGGAGGUGGCUCGACCAGGAACCGAGCCGUCAAGAUGUAGAGCAUGCAGGGUCAGACACAUUACUCUUGCUUGCAGGUUGCCUAGAAGAGCUGCACGAGGUCAGCGGCCAGGAUGGACCACUGGAGGCUGUCAUGAUGACCUUUGAAGACUGGUACCUUGACGCGUCUUCCAGGCGUCCAACCAACGUUACAGACAAUCUGUUUCGUGAGAGUAAUAACGAGGAGAAAGCAUAUUGUCCCCACCCGAUAGACCCACAAUGGUCAGCCUUGGUGUCCGCUGUGGACGACCGAGUUAGAGCGUGUGCGGCUUUAUUGGCGGGUCUACGAGUACAUGGGUCACCGGGGCCGUCGUCACUUGAAACGUUGAUCGAGAUGCACCACACACUCGCUGAGCAGAUACUACAAGAGAUUUGUAUCUGCAGGGCAAUAGAAGGUUUCAUGCUUCGGGAGCAACAAGAGCGGCUUGCGAGCGAAGUCCAACAAGCUCUGUCGGACGUGGAGUUACAUCCUUCUGUAGAAUUAAUCCCCGACACUGCCAGGAAGGGUAUUUGGAACCUACGAGGCAAGGUUUCUUAG